UAUGUUUAUCUCUCUAUUUUCUCGUCGUUUAUUUAGAAAAUUUAAUACAUUUUUUAGUGGAUUCAUACCAGUGGGCACUCCUAUUUAUAUAUGUCCGCUAGUAUGUUUGGCAGAGACAAUAAGAUUUGUUAUACGUCCCAUAGUUUUGAUUCUACGUCCUUUUAUAAAUAUAAGAUUGGGAUGUGUUGGCACAGUAGCUAUAUGUAAAUUAUGUUUCAAUAAUGUAUUGUUAAUAUCAGUAAUAUUUAUUCUAUUUUUCUAUGAAGUGUUUGUUGCUAUAUUGUGCGGUUUAUCUAUAAUUCCGAGAUAUUUUUGUGUAAGUGACAGUAAUGUUAGUGGAUUUUAUAAAUCUUUGUUGACUUAUUUGGUAAUCUCAGGUUUAUCUUCAGUAUUUAUUGUGACUGGUAUAUUAUUAGUUGAUUUAUAUUAUUUUGUAUUUUUUGGUUUUGUAAUGAAGUUUGGUUUAUUUCCAUUUAGUUUGUGGGUUUAUCGAGUUUUUAGUAGUAAAAGUUAG